AUGGCAGCACCGAACGGUGAUAGGCACUCGGGGGCCUCCGCAGAGUCAUUGGGAAAGGCGCAGUCGGAGGCGAGCUCGGAUAAUGCGCCCCAAGCGCAGGCGUCAUCGUCCCCGGUGCCCUCCCCGGGAUCGGAGGACGACCAUGGGCGCAGGGGGCGGUCGCGCACGCGGUCGCAAGUGACUCCGCGCGGAGACGAGAACGUCAAGCGUCGAGGGUACCACGCUCUCAUGUCGUCAUUUGGCAAGGUCUUUCAUGUUGAGAAGCGGUGGAAGCUCAUCCGUGAGCUGGGUUCGGGAGCGUAUGGCUUCGUAAUCUCAGCCGCAGACGAGAUUUCGGGGGAGCCUGUCGCGAUCAAGAUGGUCACCCGUGCGCUGGAGAAGGUCGCGCUCGCGAAACGCGUCCUGCGCGAGAUUACGCUCCUCCGACACUUCGCGCAUGAGAACAUCACGGGACUCAUCGACGUCGACUGCUCGACCGAUUUGAGUGAAAUGCACUUAUGUAUAGCGGAUCUUCAUCAGAUCAUCAAGUCCGGACAGGCGUUGACAAACGAACACGUCCAAUACUUCAUGUAUCAAGUCCUGCGAGGCAUGAAGUAUGUCCAUUCGGCGUCCGUCGUGCACCGCGACCUCAAGCCGGGCAAUCUGCUUGUCAAUGCCGAUUGCGAGUUGAAGAUCUGCGACUUCGGCCUGGCUAGGGGAUUCAACUCCGCCCCGGACGAAAACCCGACGCUCAUGACGGAGUACGUCGCGACACGGUGGUAUCGUGCGCCUGAGAUCAUGCUCGUAUAUAAGGCAUACAACACAGCGAUUGACGUCUGGUCAAUAGGUUGUAUCAUGGCGGAGCUCAUGACGGGGAAGCCUCUGUUCAAAGGCAAAGACGAUUACGCACGGGCUCAUAGGAACCGUAUAGGCACUCCCGAGGAUGAUGUGAUCUCGCGAAUAGCAAGUCCGAAGGCCGCAGCCUACCUCCGGUCAUUACCUUACAAGAAGAGGGUUCCCUUCGAGAGGCUUAUUCCCACUGCUGAUCCUCAAGCCCUUGAUCUAUUGACGAAGUUGCUUGCAUUCGACCCCGCGGCUCGUAUCACCGUGCGAGAAGCUCUGGAACACCCAUGGCUAGCUUCCUACCACGAUGUGAAUGACGAGCCCGAGUGUUUUGAGGUCUUUGGGCGCUGGCGAGAAAUCGAGAAGCUGGAGACCCUGCCGCAAUUCCGGGAAGCAAUCUAUAAUGAGAUCGAUGACUACCGCAAGGAGGUCCGCAGUAUCUACUACGAUGCUUCCGAAUCGCUGGACCGAAGUCCGAGCCUCCGACGACAACUCUCUGAGGUGACCUCGCCACCCGCGUCCGAGGAGCUGCAGUCGCCGUUCGAGCUCAAGCCCGCAGCUGAACCGGGCGAAGCGCAAUGGGUGCAAUCUCCGGAGACUGCCCUGCAGAUACGCGACGUUGAUCCCUCAGAAGACCCUUCUACAUCCACCGCAACCACCGUCGAACCUUCAGAAACCGCCGUUCCCCCUAUCGCCGCCCCGUCCUUUUCGGCACCACUAGAACGCUCUUCAGAGCGACCAGGCCAGUCCGCAGACCCCGUGGUCACCUACCACCGGAGGUCCAGCUUCAUGCACCCCUCACGACAAAGCUCGAUCUACUCGACAUACGCGGGCCGCACACGGCACUCCGCUGCAUACCCCACAGAGAGCCGGAACUCGCUCGAGCGCGGCCCGGCCGAGAGCGGCGAGGAGAGCAGCAUCGCGUUCCCGACGCAGGAGUACGUCGUUCCGGCGCGGUCGCGCACCGCGUCCAUGUUCGGCGACACGACGACGCGCAAGCUCCUCCGCACGCUCUCGACCGUGUCGAUAUACGAGAGCGGCGAGGGCUUCGCGGGCGGGCUCGCGGACAUCGCGCCGAUCGGGAAGUACAUCGUCGAGCGGGACGAGGCGCUGCCGUCGGAGAUGCCGCACGAGCUCGACUCGCAGUCGCCCUCGCAGCGUCCGCCCCCGUCCGGGGGAGAGCAGAAGGACGGGGAACAGAAAGACGGGGAGCAGAAGGAGCUGUGCGAGGGUGCGCGGCGCGACAAGGCGCGAUUCCACAUACCGGAGUGA